GCAUACUACCAUAAAUCCAUUAUAUAAAGCAACCAUGCCAACCAAGAAAGAAGAUAUAAAAAAAAAUAGGAAGAAUUUUCCUCUAAAAUAAACAAAUACUAGUAAAAUAGUAAGAAAAAACAAUGGAAAUUCCAAAAUGGCAUACAACAUUAGAGCAACUAAUGCAAGAAGAAAUAGAAAGAGAUAGACAAAGUGUAAAGUCGUCGUCAAGAUCAAUAGAUAUUUUUCCUAUCUCCAUAAUUAAUUAUGAGAGUAGUAGUAGGAGCAUUAGGAUUAAUCCCGUGGAAGACGACGACGACGAACUCGAUUUCGAUGAUCAUAAUAGGUUACAUGACAACAUAGUUUUCGUGUCGGGAAGAAAGGAAUUGGUAGGAGAAGUAAGUAAAAAUCCGGAAGCAGAAGCAUGGCUUCCUAUAACAGAAUCAAGAAAUGGAAAUUUGUGUUUUUGCAUCUUUCAUUUGCUUUCUUCUGGCCUUGGACUUCAGUCUCUUGCUCUUCCUGUGGCUUUUACUACUCUUGGAUGGGCUUGGGGAAUCACAUGGUUGUCAAUUGCAUUCAUAUGGCAACUUUACACCAUAUGGCUUCUUACCCAACUGCAUGAAUCCCCAUCCGGCUUUCGCUAUAGCCGAUACCUCCAAUUGGCUAUGGCCGCAUUUGGUCCUAAGCUGGGGAAAUUGCUAGCUCUAUUACCAGUAAUGUACCUGUCAGGAGGAACAUGUGUUACACUUCUUAUAACUGGUGGUGGCACAAUGCAACAUUUAUAUCACAUAUUAUGUGAAAAUGACAAUAUUUGUCAUGCAAAAUCACUAACUACUGUAGAAUGGUACAUGGUAUUCAUAUGUUUGGCCAUUGUUAUAGCCCAACUUCCUAACUUGAACUCAGUGGCUUGGGUGUCACUAGUUAGCGCGAUUUCAGCUGUAGUUUACUGCACUAUUAUCUGGAUCAUGUCUAUCAGCAAUGGUAGACCUUCAGGAACAAAAUACAGCCUUUCUGCAAGGGGUUUGGAAUCGGAAAUGAAAUCAUUUACAAAUGUUCUUUCUGCUCUUGGGAUUAUUGCCUUUUCUUUCAGAGGUCAUAAUCUUGUGCUUGAGAUUCAGGGAACACUUCCACCAAGUUUAAAAGAUCCAACCCACAAAAUAAUGUGGAAAGGAGUGAAAAUAACAUAUGCAUUGAUAGCAUUGUGUCUUUUUCCCUUAGCAAUUGGUGGAUAUUGGGCAUAUGGAACCUUGAUGCCAAAUACAGGGAUGUUGAAAGCAUUUGCACAAUUUCAUGGAAAUCACAGCUCAAGGUUGAAGCUAGCCUUAAUAUACUUCUUCCUCAUCAUAAACAGCUUGUGUUCAUUUCAAGUUUACGCGAUGCCAGUUUUUGACAACUUUGAGUUACGCUAUGUGAGCAUACAGAAAAAGCCCUGCACCUGGUGGAUAAGAGCAGGGUUAAGGGUAUUUUUCGGAGGGCUGGUUUUUUUCAUAGCAGUUGCUGUUCCUUUCUUGCCCGUCCUAGCACCACUAAUCGGAGGGAUUGCACUGCCAGUUACCUUUGCCUACCCGUGUUUCAUGUGGAUUAUUAUCAAGAAACCAAGUAAAUUCAGCACAAUGUGGUUUCUUAACUUGGUUCUAGGCAGUUUAGGCAUUCUGUUAAGCGUAUUAUUAAUCGUUGCAGCUAUAUAUAAUCUUGUAACCAAGGGCCUUUCUGCCAAUUUUUUCCAUCCUAAACCAUAAUAGUCAAAGAGAAAUUGUAACAUACAUUUAACUUUGAUUAAAAUUUUCUAUCAAAAUCUUUCAUAGUUGAAUGAUGUAGUACUGUAUUAUAUAGAACUUAGUACUGAAACUAUUAUAAACAAGAAAGAUCUAGGAACUUG